AUGGCGGUGUUGCAGGACCCUCCAGGCUGGAGGACCUCCCAGGGGCUCAGAGAUAGCGGUGUUGCAGGACCCUCCAGGCUGGAGGACCUCCCAGGGGCUCAGAGACGGCGGUGUUGCAGGACCCUCCAGGCUGGAGGACCUCCCGGGAGCUCGGAGACGGCGGUGUUGCAGGACCCUCCAGGCUGGAGGACCUCCCAGGGGCUCAGAGAUAGCGGUGUUGCAGGACCCUCCAGGCUGGAGGACCUCCCAGGGGCUCAGAGACGGACCCUCCAGGCUGGAGGACCUCCCGGGAGCUCGGAGACGGCGGUGUUGCAGGACCCUCCAGGCUGGAGGACCUCCCAGGGGCUCAGAGAUAGCAGUGUUGCAGGACCCUCCAGGCUGGAGGACCUCCCGGGAGCUCGGAGACGGCGGUGUUGCAGGACCCUCAAGGCUGGAGGACCUCCCAGGAGCUCGGAAACGGCGGUGUUGCAGGACCCUUCAGACUGGAGGACCUCCUUGGGGCUUGGAGACGGCGGUGUUGCAGGACCCUCCAGGCUUGAGGACCUCCCAGGAGCUCAGACGGCGGUGUUGCAGGACCACCCAGGCUGGAGGACCUCCUAUGGACACAGAGAAGGUGUUGCAGGACCCUCCAGGCUGGAGGACCUCCCAGGGGCUCAGAGACAGUGGUAUUGCAGGACCCUCCAGGAUGGAAGGACCUCCCAUGGGCACAGAGAAGGCGGUUUUGCAGGACCCUCCAGGCUGGGAGGACCUCCCAUGGGCACACAGAAGGCGGAGUUGCAGGACCCUCCAGGCUGGAGGACCUCCCAGGAGCUCAGAGACAGUGGACCCUCCAGGCUGGAGGACCUCCCAGGAGCUCAGAUACGGCGGUGUUGCAGGACCCUCCAGGCUGGAAGGACCUCCCAGAGCUUGGAGACGGCGGUGUUGCAGGACCCUCCAGGCUGGAGGACCUCCCAGGAGCACAGAGACGGCGGUUUUGUAGGACCCUCCAGGAUGGAAGGACCUCCCAUGGGCACAGAGAAGGCGGUUUUGCAGGACCCUCCAGGCUGGAGGACCUCCCAGGAGCUCAGAGACGGCGGUGUUGCAGGACCCUCCAGGCUGGAAGGACCUCCCAUGGGCACAGAGACGGCGGUGUUGCAGGACCCUCCAGGCUGGAGGACCUCCUAUGGACACAGAGAAGAAGGACCCUCCAGGCUGGAAGGACCAACCAUGGGCACAGUGAAGGCGGUGUUGCAGGACCCUCCAGGCUGGAGGACCUCCCAGGGGCUCAGAGAUGGUGGUGUUGCAGGACCCUCCAGGCUGGAGGACCUCCCAGGAGCUCAGAGACCCUCCAGGCUGGAGGACCUCCCAGGAGCUCAGAGUCGGUGGUGUCGCAAGACCCUCCAGGCUGGAAGGACCUCCCAUGGGCACAGAGACGGCGGUGUUGCAGGACCCUCCAGGCUGGAGGACCUCCCAGGAGCUCAGAGUCGGUGGUGUCGCAAGACCCUCCAGGCUGGAGGACCUCCCAGGAGCUCAGAGUCGGUGGUGUCGCAAGACCCUCCAGGCUGGAGGACCUCCCAGGAGCUCAGAGUCGGUGGUGUCGCAAGACCCUCCAGGCUGGAAGGACCUCCCAUCGGCACAGGGAAGGCGGUGUUGCAGGACCCUCCAGGAUGGAGGACCUCCCAGGAGCUCAGAGUCGGUGGUGUCGCAAGACCCUCCAGGCUGGAAGGACCUCCCAUGGGCACAGGGAAGGCGGUGUUGCAGGACCCUCCAGGCUGGAGGAUAUCCCAGGAGCUCAGAGACGGCGGUGUUGCAGGACCCUCCAGGAUGGAAGGACCUCCCAUGGGCACAGAGAAGGCGGUGUUGCAGGACCCUCCAGGCUUGAGGACCUCCCAGGGGCUCAGAGACGGUGGUGUUGCAGGACCCACUAGGCUGGAAGGACCUCCCAGGGGCUCGGAUACGGUGGUGUUUUAG